AUGCGCAGUGUCACGCCCAAAACUCGUUUCCGCACGCCUGCCGUCGCGUGGCCACGCUCUGCAGAUGUUGCGAUUCUCUUUCUCCUCCUCGCCGCCUUCGCGCUCUCUGCCACCGCCUCCGCGUGCUCCCUUUCCAGCGCGCCGCGGCCCAAUCGGCGGGGCGCUGCCCAAUCGGCGGGGCGCCGAAAUCAAGAUACGGUGUCGCGCAGAGACGCGGUCUCGCGUCUGUCCAAACAGCGCCUGCUAUCUCGCGCUCGACCCAGCCGCGCCCGACGCUCGCUCUUAAAGGUCACCGCUACCAGCGCUGCGAAGCCCGUCAUUCUGGAAAAUUCGCAAUUGAAGGCGCUGGUGCAGCUGCAGGAAGCGUGGGGCAUGUGGGCGGGCAACAGCAACGCCACCACUGCGUGCUCUGCAUGGACUGGCGUCACCUGCAGCCCCAACGGACUCGUCACCGCUCUGUGUGUCUCACUGCCCUCGAUUCCCAAAUUGCCCUAA